AUGGCGCCCGCGCCUCUACUAGAGCGCAAUGACACUCCCGACAACACCGAUUUCAAACCUCCGCCAGGUGUCAUUCUACCGCCCAAGGAGUUCAGAACACUACUAGAAAAGACGGCUGGCUACAUUGUUCGCAACGGUCCUGCUUUCGAAGCACGUAUUCGUGACAGCGCAGAAGGCAACCCAAAGCUUCAAUUCGUCCUUCCCGACAACCCAUACCACCCCUUCUACCUAUGGCGUCUGGAAGAGAUCAAGGACGGCAGGGGAACAGACGUCGCUGCUGGCCGGGAAGGAGAUGUCGCUGCCCCAAAGAAGAAGCAAGGCCCUGCACCUCCUCCAGACUUCCACUUCUCGGCGCGCAUGCCCAACAUCAGCUCUGUCGACCUCGAGGUCAUCAAGUUGACUGCCAUGUUCGUCGCCAAGAACGGUCGCUCCUGGAUGACUACUCUAUCACAACGCGAAGCCAGAAACCCCCAGUUCGAUUUCCUCCGUCCUCAACAUAGUUUUCAUCAAUUCUUCUCGCGUCUGGUAGAUCAGUACACCGAGAUCCUCAACACCCAAGGGCAACAGCAACAAGAAGUCGUGGCCGAGCUCGAGAAGAACAUCGACAACAAGCACCGCGUCCUGGAAAGUGCAAAGAAGCGCGCCGAAUGGGUCAAAUUCCAGGAAGCACAAAAGGUCAAGAAAGAGGAGGAGCAAGAAGCAGAGAAGCUCGCAUAUGCCCAGAUCGACUGGCACGAUUUUGUUGUCGUCGAGACCAUCCUGUUCACCGAAGCAGACGACCAAACAGAACUUCCUCCACCCACAUCAUUGAACGACAUCCAGUCUGCAUCGCUCGAGCAAAAGGCACAAAUGAGCCUGGCGCCUUCAGGCAUGCGGAUCGAAGAAGCCAUGCCAGGCCAAGAAGCCUACUACCAACCACCACCANUCUCAGAUGCCUCCCCCAGCUCAUACUCGCCCGCUCCUCCUGCAUUCUCACCCGCUCAGCAAACUGGCUACGCACCACCUCCGCGCACAGCACAGGAACAAGAAGAAGAUGCUCGUAUCGCCGAAAGAGCCGCCGAACGCCAACGUGCCGAGCAAGCUCAAGCCGCUGCAAGAGGCCAAGGUCCCAUGCGUAUCCGAAACGACUAUGUCCCUCGUGCUCAAGCUCGUAGACAGAACGCUGCCACUGCUCUUUGCCCUAACUGCAAGCAACAAAUUCCAUUCAACGAGUUGGAGCAGCACAUGAAGAGUAUGUUUCACCCUUUGCCUGUUCGUGUCGUCGUACUGACAAUCUAUANNGUUGAAAUGCUUGAUCCUAGAUGGCGUGAACAGUCUCGCAUUGCCGCCCAACGCUCGAGUACCACCAACUUGUCCACUGCAGACGUUGCCAACAACCUCAAGCGUCUGGCUUCGCAGCGAAGUGAUGUCUUUGACCCGGUUACUGGUCAGGCUGUCAGCGACGAGGAAGCUCAGAGACGCAAGAGAAUCGAGCUCAGCAGCUACGAUGGUGUCAAUCCCUCCCAAUCUGGUGCCCCUGGCGCUCCAGGAAGCCAGUCUACGGAUGUACAGGAGCAAGUGAGUACACUCCUCCCUUGGGAGCUUGGUAGAAAUUAG